UCGUAGAAGUAGAUUUCGUCGGCUGCAAUGUUUUCAUUUUAGAAUGAAAAGCACGUGUUUUCAUUAAAAGUGUUUAAUGAAUUGAAAAAAGGCUUGAUGUGUAAAAACUAAUAACAUCGAUUUGUGUAUUUUAUAGUAUUUACUUUUUGAAGUUGGAGUGAAUAAUGCAACACUGGAUUAUUUAUUCCACUAGUGGAAUGAAGUGUGCUGUGGAAAAACCAUGCAAUUAUUUAUGAAGAGAUGAAAGUAGUGAUGAAAACAAUAAAAACAGUUUUACAUAGUAAAUAUCUAUUUGAUGAAUAUGAUUCAUUUUCUGAACUCUUGUUCAAAAAAAAUUCUGUCGAAGACAUUACGUGAGAAAUGUAUGUUAAAAUUCAUUCGUAAUAUUAACAGAAAUGAAAAUGUUGUUAUUUUGGGCAUUGAAACGAGCUGUGAUGAUACUGCAGUUGGAAUCGUGAAUUCUAAAGGGGAAAUUUUAGGAAAUUCUCAUUAUUCUCAGGAGCUAUUACAUACAAAAUAUGGUGGUAUUAUACCAGGAGUAGCAAAAGAUUUGCAUAUAAAACAUAUUACAGAGUUAUGUGAAAAUACUCUAAAAUUAGGAAAUUUAAAAUUACGGGACAUUACUGCUAUAGCAACUACUGUUGAACCGGGUCUUCCAAUGUCAUUGCAUGUUGGACGAAAGUUUGGAGUUCGCCUAUCAGAAAUUGGGAAAAAACCUUUCAUUCCAAUACAUCAUAUGGAGGCGCAUGCACUAGUUGCUCGAAUGACACAACAGGUGGAUUUUCCUUUUCUUGUACUUCUCAUAUCUGGAGGACACUGUUUACUAGCACUUGUUGAAAAUGUUGCUACUUUUCGUUUAUUAGGACAUUCAAUUGAUACAGCUCCCGGAGAGGCAUUUGACAAGAUUGCUCGCAGAUUAAAGUUGAAAAAUAUGCCAGAUUUUAAAAAUUGUAGUAGCGGCGCAGCAGUAGAAAUUGCUGCCAGUCGAGGAGACAAUCCUUCACAAUUUCUUUUUCAAGUGCCCUUAACCCAUUAUAGGGACUGUAAUUUUAGUUUCGCUGGUGCAAAAACUUCAGCCUAUAACCAAAUAUUGAAUAACGAAAAUAACUUUAAUAUAACUGGAGACAAAAUUAUUCCUGAUGUUUAUAAUUUCUGUGCUAGUUUCCAAUUAUUUGUGACGAGACAUUUAUGCCAACGAACACAACGAGCAAUAGAAUUUGUUGAUAGACUUAAUUUACUGCCUGAAGAUCGACGAACAUUGGUUGUAUCCGGUGGAGUAGCGCGUAAUAAUUUUAUUUUUAAAUCUGUAAGUACUAUUUGUUCGGAAUUGGGAUACAAAUGCAUCAGACCGCCUCCUGAUUUAUGUACAGAUAAUGGAUUAAUGAUUGCGUGGAAUGGAAUAGAACGUUGGAGGGAGAAUGAAGGUGUUCUUCAUGAACAAGAUGACAUUGCAAAAGUGGAAAUAAAGCACAAAUCUCCAUUAGGCACGGAUUGGACACACAAAGUAGUUGAAGAAAGUAUAAAAUGUAAAUGGAUAAAAAUAGAGCCUACUUAAAAUGUAUAAUAUAUAUGACUGUUUUUUUGGGUAACUGUUAAUAAUAAAAUAUAAAAUACUAUAAACAUGAA